GUGUGCGUUCGGUCGGUCAACACGUGGGGAGGAGAGAGAGACAAGAGACAUACGGAGUGGGGGAUACGUUGGGAUCUUGCUGGGCCCUAAAUACGUAACAUUAACAUUAUACGAGACAGUUCACAGUGGCGGUGCAAAGGACGCAUAAACACAGUGUAGCUGCUAGGGUCCAGAGGAGAUGCCACUGAGGUUCCGGUCCUUUGUUCCGUAUACGCUUCCUGGAGUGCUGGCGCUCAUAGGCUGGUGGUGGUACAUCUCCCGGAAAAAAGAGCGAAUCCCCAGCCUUGACAGUCAGGAGGGGUCGGCUAUGGGCUUGCAGUCUUCCUCUGGUGAGGGCAGCAAUGGGAUGGUCGACAAAGGCUGUCUCACAGCCAGCAGCACCCACCGUAGGACCAGUCGAGACAAAGUCAAGGCCAAAGAGCACAGACCUGUUGAGCAGGAAGUUGUAGCAGAGAUACACACACCGGUGCUAAAAGCGACAACGGAAGAGGUUCUUGGCUCUCCCCCGGUCGUGUUGGCGAGCGGACAGCUAAGCACCCCUCAGAGCAAUAGAAUAUCAGCACCCCAAACAAGUGACCCAGAGACCACCAGACACACAUCUCCGGUCUCAUCUUCGACCCCAACAAAAACUGUGGAGGAGACCUCUCAUCACAAGGGACCAGAGGUAGAAACCUCGAUUCAGGUAUCCCAAGUGAGAGAUUUAGGGACUGCAGCCUCAAUCGAAAAGCAGGCUGAAAAACAACCAGACAGGGAGCGGUCUACAGAACUGGCCAAGGCAGAGCGUCCCGAGCCAGAGGGAGAGGUGGCAACCGAAGCCUCGGCCCCAACGUGUAUAAAUAACCUGCCAGGUGACGUGACAGAUAUUGAGCUAGCCUCCACUACUUCCUCAACGGAGGAUGGAGUUGACAAGCUGGAGACGUCAAGUCUAAAAACACCCCUGGCUUUGGCCACAUUCCCCCACAUUACCAGCACACCCAUCUCGGAAAGCUCCACAGAGGCCCGGCACCACGAAAACGGAGACCUGGGCCUUCAGUCUGAGGCCAGUCCGGACAUACAGGAGCUACAACGUCUAGCGGCAGGGCUGAUCACUGAGGUCAUCUCUGCAGCCACCCAGGAGGUCAUGGCGGUCAGCAGCUGUGAGUCCCGGCACAGCAAGGGCUCAGAAGUGGGCGUCGAUGGCACACUGGCUGUAAACGGACGAGAAGCCACCAUUGAAACAGAGCUGUGUGUAUCUUUGGAGAGCACCUCUUAUCAAAGCCAUGCAGAAAAUGCACAGGCAGAAGAGGAGAUAGUCAACGGUUGUCUGGCACCUUCACUGUGGAAGAUGCCGGAGAAUGAUGGGAGGAAAGUGAAGAGCGAAGGACAGUCUGUGCCGGUGGAGUUGGCACCGGUUGUGGCAAAGCUGCAGAUCGAGGAAGCCCUCGUCGAAGAUUCGGGAUGUAGCACGUGCCAGUCAGAGGAUGGCGUUAGCAGCGAGGAUCUCCACAGCACGGGAUUGUCCUCAGCUGUGUCGGACCUCAUUCAAAUUUCAUGUAGGGCCUCAGAGGGUCAUGAAGAUGGUCAGGAGAGUCUUGUUCUCACUGGCCCACAGGAGUCCCCGCUUACCGCUGAGAAUGUGGCUUCUGUUUGCGAGGCGGCACGCUUGAACGGCAUGGGUUUAAGAAACGGUGUUAUCAGUGAGAUCGAAGCUGACCAAUCAGGAGGUUCGGAUGUGAAUAGCAUGGAUUCAGUGGACAGCUGUUCCACUUUGGGGAUGGGAGAGAGUCUCACAAGCAGCAGCCAGGCCUGUCAAUCACUGAGCUCAGAGCUCAUUGUAUGGGAGAUUGAGGUGCCAAAGCAUCUAGUUGGACGGCUCAUUGGCAAGCAGGGAAGAUACGUGAGCUUCCUGAAACAGACAUCGGGUGCGAAGAUCUACAUUUCAACCCUGCCUUACACCCAAGAGUUCCAGAUCUGCCAUAUAGAGGGAACCCAACAGCAGGUUGAUAAAGCACUGACUUUGAUCGGGAAAAAGUUUAAGGAUUUGGACCUGACCAACUUGUAUGCUCCACCUCCUCCACCACUAACCCUUCCUUCCCUGCCAAUGACAUCCUGGCUUCUUUUGCCCAACGGUGUUACAGUUGAGGUGAUUGUGGUGAAUAUCGUAUCAGCCGGUCAUGUGUUUGUCCAGCAACACACUCACCCGACAUACCACGCUCUGCGCAGUCUGGACCAGCAGAUGUUCCUGUGUUAUUCGCAGCCUGGCACGCCAGCGUUGCCAUCACCAGUUGAAGUUGGAGUGAUUUGUGCGGCCCCGGCUGUUGAAGGAGCCUGGUGGCGAGCGCAGGUCAUCUCGUACUACAAAGAGUCAAAUGAAGUAGAGAUCCGAUAUGUCGAUUAUGGAGGCUACGAGAGGGUCAAGAUCGACAGCUUGCGUCAGAUUAGGUCGGACUUUGUGACAUUACCUUUCCAAGGAACUGAGGUGUUAUUGGACAACAUUGCCCCUCUUCCAGGAGAGGACAGGUUCUCAGCUGAAGCCACUUCUGCACUAGAAGAGAUUACAAGAGGAGUUCCUUUGCUGACACAGGUUACUAACUAUGACAACAAUACAGGACUUCCCUUAGUACACAUGUGGAACAUGGUGGGAGAGGAGUUGGUCCUGCUCAACCGCACUUUGGCAGAGCGAGGUUACGGCACUUGGGUGGACAGUUUCUGAUCCUCCAGUGUUGUUCUCUCGCCCCACCUCUCCUCACUCACUUCUCGGCCCACCUGCCCCUUACUAUCACCAGUCAUCAUGAAGACCCGCAGGUUCUUGUCUCCUCAACCCACCAUGUGCUCCCCUACAGCUCCUAUCUGAAGUGCAGGAAAAUUCUUUCUUUUGUUUGCUUUUCCUCCAUCACCUUGCGUUUUCUUUACCUGAUUUUCUAUCCCCUUUUCGUAUGAAAUCUGCCUACUGUAAAAAAAAGGUAAACGAAGAGAGCCAAGUGUUUGAACACCGAUAAGGACUGAAGACGUUCCUUGACUCCGUGCUCUUGUUAAUUUCAAAUCUUGUAACUAAAUAAAGGUUAAUCAUGUUUUCCGUCCGACCAGACUCCUUCCAGCACAAACCCAAUCGGAUUAUGCCGCGGAUGAGUAAUCUGUACUUUGAGAUGAUAACUUAAAGUGAUGUAAUCUUGGGACUGCUUGACAUCAUGUAUGCAUUUGUUAUCACAACAAUGAGAAAGCUGUGCAGGAAUGGUUCUGCACUGAAUUUGGUCAAAUUAAGAAGGGAUAAACUACCACUCCACCCAAUAAUCCAUCACAAUGUCUGGCUGUACAACAGUGUGGCCUUAGAAAGGAUACGAACCCGCUUCUCGCUGCACCACGCGCGCUCGAUCUCCCGGACUCUCGGAGCGAACGAGUCUGACAGCAAUCUUCGGUUUUGAGCUCUUGCAGGGUUCUUGAUUUACACUGAAUACAGACAUCUGUGCCCAUCUGACCUCUGGGAUCUUUUGAGAAGGAGUCUAAAGCCCUCGAGCAACACUAGAGAUUGAACGGUGCUGUAAUACAAAGCGUAAAAGCCCAUGCUGACCCGAUGAAAACCUCUGGCCUGAAGGAACUGCUGCAGAAACUGUGACAGGGACGCGGGCCUUCCCUUAUGCUUAUGAUGAAUGGGUCCGUAUGAGGUUUUGUAUGCAUGUUAUUAUGCUCCAGAGCACGUCUUUGGCUCACUGUUCACGCUUUGCUUUCGUCUCGCUCGUGUCUCCAGUCAUGUCGAGCUUGAACCACCACAUUCAUGUCUACGGUAACAUUUGCAUACUGUAAAUAAAAUGAUGUCCAUCUCCAAAAACUCACCCGCCCUUCCGAUUGGCUAAUAGGUGAAUUUUUCAAUACACCUGUCUUGAACAAGAAAGCUUUAAGCCUUUUUGCUUUAUGUUGGCUUUGCAAUUAGAUCUCCUGUAUUUACUGUAAUUUGUUUAAAAGAAUAAUGAUUAUGAAUAUGUUUUCAAUGAUUACGGUUAAAUUUAGCUUUUGGCCAGGGUUCAUCCCCGUUUCCGCUGCGGGAACAUCUGUACUCUAAUAUCUGCAUACUCCAGAAUGUUAAAGAUCAUCCCUAUUUGGGUCAUUCCCGGGGCUUUAAGUCUGGUUAGAGAUCAAUUGAUUUGAUUUUGAUUUUUAGCAAUACAGUUUCAUACACAUGCUGGUGUUUUCCAGUGUCACUUCAAAGCCCGUAGUAAAUGCAGUUACAUUAAUUUUGCAAAACAAAGAAAUGUGCCACAGCAUAUUUUGGCUAUUCUAGACCAAGUCGAAAAUGAAUUUCCACCCUGAUGGUAAUAAAGAUAGAGCUUCGUAUACAUAAACUGACAGCAUCGAAAAGUAAAGUCCUCUAAAAGAUGUAAACAUCACUACACAAUAGGAGCAAACUGUCCUUUUUCCACUAUUCUAUGUAUUUUUGCAAUAUUUCACACGAUUGAGGUUUUAAGAUGUUUUGCAUCCAUCUCAGGUAUGAGCUCUUUAUUUGCGUUACAGGACAGUUAAUCAUUUUCGUUAAGGAAUUGUGUACUUCAUGACCUGUGGCAGCCGGUUUAUGGUUUUCCCUGUAUGUCUACAUGCACUAAAGUAUACUUUAAAAAUAUCUUGUUGCAUUUUAAUGUUGGAGUUCAAACUUUUUUGACUAGUCAGAAGUUGCUAAUAACUUUAGCCCAACUCCUCAUAAGGCAAAAUAUUUGGAAUGAAUUGUUUAAGUCAAGUUGUUUGAACUUCAAUGUUUAUUUGCAAUAAGGAUUUUUUUUACAGUAUAUAUGAAUAAGGAACCACGUUGACCUCAGAGCUGAAAUGUUUCACUCUUGUGUCUUUAGGUCUGUGAUAAAUCAAUUGCUCAUAUCUUCACAUUGCCUCCUACCAUUAGUGCAUAGGUGUCCUUUAUAUGUUCCCAUCUACAUUCUUCUGUCAUGAAAAAUCACGCUUCGUUAGAUUUGUCCAGGUGUGUAUGUGCGUGCGUGCGCGUGUGUGUGUGUGUGUGUAUAUAAUAUAUAUAUAAAGGUAUCUCACUGUACUUUUGUAAAAACACUGAUGUGAGUGUAGGUAUCAAAAGGGAACAUGUUUUUUUCCACCUCUCUUUUUAAGAUCUGUUCACUUGUUCUCUGUUGGUAGGAAUGGUUUGAAAUAUUUGCAUAGCUAGAAUUAAUCAUUUGAUUAUUUAAAUGAGUGUAAAGCAAGCCUGCUAGACAUGUACAGUACAGGUCAGAUUUUUUUGCCAGACUCAUUGAAAGGUUUGAUUCUUUGGUUGUACAGAUCUAUUGAAAAAAGAGAAUAAAGUUAUUAAAAAAAACAUACAAUGUUGUAUUUUAGUUUUGAAAGCGACUCUUGUGGCCAGGUAGAGGAUUGGGCAUGGUUAAUUUUUCACAAAUUCCCAUUUUAUCUAAAGGCUUGUGCUUAAAUUUAGUAAACAAAUUGUGCCUUUAUAUGCAUUUCUUUACAGUACUCCUAAAAUAACUUAAUUUUACAUUAAAAUCAAAAACAAAUUUUUAUUUGUUUGCGUGCUUGUUUGUUUUUUAAGGCUGCUUUGGAUUAAAGGAUCUUCUAAAGGAGCAAAUGUUAUGUACAGUGUGCCUUUACUAGUGCUGCCUCACGAUUAGUCGCAACUAAUCGUUUGCA